AUAAUCUGGAUUUUAUAUGACAAUAAUAAUAAUAAUAAUAAUCUUAAUUUUUAACCUGCCCUCUCUCCCUGAAGGGAUUCAGGAUGGCUUCUAAAAGCAAAAAAUGGCAAACAUUCAAUGCCAAGUGCAAUAACAGAAUAAAACAUUAAAACAAACAAUUACAAUAAACGGAUUAAACACCUUGGCUAAAACAUAUAGCUCAAUCAGGCAGCAUAAAUAACACAAUGGACAGAUAAAAUCUGUAUAAAAUAUAUAAAUAUAGUUCUUCUAUUUGUUAGGGUAAUUGUUGUCAAACAUUGUCAGAUGAGGUAGAAUCAAUGGUAAACUAUUCAUCUUCCUCUGCAUAGGCUAAUGUUCAAAAGUAGGUUUUUAGUUGUUUCCGACAGGAGAGGAGUGAAAGGGCUGUUCUAACUUCUUUAGGAAGGGAUUUCCACAGGGAAGGGGCAACCACGAAGAAGGCCCCCUCUCUCACUCCCACCUGCCACGCUUGUAGAAGGGGCCUCAUAUAUGUAAUCCAGUUCAAAGAUGAUAAUUUGGAUAAUUUUUCCCACUGUAAAGAAAACACAUUUCUGCACAGUUCUGAAGCUGUUUUUGCACUUUGUGAAGCCUCUUAAGAACACUGAAGGGCUUUGACACAUGUCACUAAUGUCCUUGGUAUAUCUGCCUCUGUUUUCUAGGGUGUUGCAAUGUCACAUGAGUCUGAGGGCCCUUUUAGGUUACGGUUCUUAUGCAACUGGAAAUGGAUGAACUUGGAAAGUUCUCCAAUCUUUUUUUGUUUGAGCUUUUAAAAACCUCUUAUCAGAAAGGUUUGCCUUUCUUAUCAGAGUUGCAUAAAUGAUAAGAAAAGGUCCAAGCUAGAUGUAUAUAAGGAAUCGCACCCAGCUGUGUUGCUCUACAGUUGGGACCCACAUCUCAUUUAUUUUCAUCAACGGCUGGGGAAUACACAAGAAAUCAUGAAGUGGCUUUUGCUUCUGGGGCUGGUGGCGCUCUCCCAGUGCCUUGUGACCAAAGUCCCCCUGAAGAAAACUAAAUCCCUAAGACAAAACCUUAAAGAACAUGGACUGCUGGAAAAAUACCUGCAGAAACAUCAUCAUAACUUGGGUUCAAAGUACUUCCCCGGCCUUGCCAAUGAAAAUGCUGCUGAGCCCUUGGAAAACUAUAUGGAUAUCGAGUACAUUGGCACCAUCUCCAUUGGUACUCCAGCCCAGCAGUUCGUAGUCCUUUUUGACACCGGCUCCUCUAACUUGUGGGUCCCUUCUGUGUACUGUUCCAGCUCAGCCUGCUCAAACCACAACCGCUUCAACCCCCAGGACUCUUCCACCUAUCAAGCCACCAGCCAGAGCGUCUCUGUCACAUAUGGCACCGGGAGCAUGACUGGAUUCCUGGCCUAUGAUACUGUCCAGGUUGGAAGCAUUGUAGUCACCAACCAGAUCUUUGGUCUGAGUGAGACUGAACCUGGUAGCUUCCUUUAUUAUUCUCCCUUUGAUGGCAUCCUGGGUCUGGCUUUUCCCAGCAUUGCCUCCUCUGGUGCCACCCCUGUCUUUGACAACAUGAUGAGUGAAGGUCUGGUGUCCCAGGAUCUCUUCUCUGUCUACCUGAGCUCUGAUGACCAGAGUGGCAGCUUUGUCAUGUUUGGUGGUGUAGAUACCUCCUACUAUUCUGGAAGCCUCAACUGGGUGCCUCUUUCUUCAGAGUCCUACUGGCAGAUCACUCUGGACAGCAUCACCUUGAAUGGCCAAUCCAUCGCUUGCUCCGGUGGCUGCCAAGCUAUUGUUGACACUGGUACCUCUCUGUUGGCUGGUCCUCCCAAUGGCAUUGCUAACAUUCAGUACUACAUUGGCGCCAGUCAGUCCUCCAACGGUGGGUAUAUGAUCAGCUGCAAUGCCAUGAACAGCCUGCCUGACAUUAUCUUCACCAUCAAUGGCAUUGAAUUCCCUCUGCCUGCCAGUGCCUACAUUCGUCAGGGCCAAAAUGGCUAUUGCACCCCUGGCUUUGAAGGCAUUGAUAUCCCUACUCAAUCUGGUGAGCUCUGGAUCCUUGGAGAUGUCUUCAUCCGUCAGUACUACUGUGUCUUUGACAGAGCAAACAACCAGGUUGGCCUGGCCCCUGUGGCGUGAAUGUGACACCAUCCAUUGGCAAAACAACUCCCUAACAAAUUUAAUUUCUUGGAACUAAAUUUAGUCAGCAUGCCUCUUUUCACCAAACUGUAACAUUACUAACAGUAGAAUAAACAAA